AUGGCUGGAAUCAAGCGUAAAUCUGAGGUGUCGAAGCCUACCGAUACGAAGACGAAGAGCAAAAAGGCCAAGGUCGAAAAGAGCACAUCCAAAAAGGAAUCGAAGCAUGCGGUGAAGCCAGCGAAGAAGUCGAAGAAGGCCAAAGAGGACAGCUCUGACGAUAUUGAGGAGUCGGAUACCAGCGAGAAAGAGAAUGGCUUCUACGGCUUUUCCGCAAAUGAAGAUGUCGACAUGAGCGACGCAGACAGCAGCGAAGAGGCAGAGCCCAUGGAGGACGUGAAACAAAAUGGCAAGGCGCAUAAGCGCAAGUCAGACGACAACACAGCAGAGGAGAAGAAGCCCAAGGGCGAUGGUGCGGACUCGAAGCUGGCAGAGCUAAAUUCGAACAACUCAAGAGAAGCGCACGCAAAACAAAAGGCCCUUGCGAAGGAGCGAAAGGCUGCGAAACCAAACGCCGACGUCAUCGAGCGCUCGAAGAAGCUGUGGGAGAAACUCAGACUCAAGUCGCACAUUCAGAAGGAUGAGAGGAAGGAGCUGGUCAAGGAGCUCUUUGAGAUCAUCGAGGGCAGAGUUAAGGACUUUGUCUUCAAGCAUGAUUCCGUACGCGUCAUCCAGACGGCGAUCAAAUAUUCGACCAUGGAACAGAGGAGGAUGAUUGCGCGCGAGCUCAAGGGCGAGUUUAGGACUCUUGCCGAGGGCAAGUACUCCAAGUUCUUGAUCGCGAAGCUUGUGGAGAAGGGUGACCCGGAAAUCCGCGACCUGAUCAUUCAGGAGUUCUACGGCUUCGUCAAGCGUCUCAUCAACCAUCCCGAGGCUGCUUGGAUCAUGGACGACAUUUACAGAGCGGUCGCAACGCCAGAGCAAAAGGCGCGCCUUCUUCGGGAGUGGUAUGGGGCCGAAUUCUCUAUCAAGGGACUCGAGGCAAAGGGCACAGACAGUGCAGAGCUCUCCGUGAUCCUGAAGGAGUCGCCAGAGCGGAGGAAGCCCAUCAUGGACUACCUCGAGAACCAGAUCAACUCGCUCAUCCAGAAGAAGCUCACUGGCUUCAGCAUGCUGCACGACGCCAUGCUACAGUACUUCCUUGUCUGCGAACCAGGCACAGAGCAGGCGAACGACUUCCUCGAGCACCUCAAGCCCGACCCGACUCUGAAAGAAGGCGAAGAGGCAGACAACGUCGAUCUCCUCAAGAACCUCGCAUUCACAAAGUCCGGCUCGCGCCUCAUGUCCCUCUGCUUCGCCUACGGCACUGCCAAAGACCGCAAGCUCUUCCUGCGCCCCUACAAAGACAACAUCGAACUCAUGGCCUACGACGUCAACGCCCACCACGUCCUCCUCGCCGCCCUCGCCGUCACCGACGACACCAAACUCUCCUCCAAAUCCAUCUUCGGCGAGCUCCUCCCCACAAACGACACCCUCGCCGAGAAAGUCCUCAACCUCGUCACCGACCCCCGCGCCCGCACCGUCCUGCUCUACCCCUUCGUGUCCGACGCGAAAUGGGCCCUCGACGACAACACCCGCGAGCGCCUCGCGGAACUCUACGCCAUCCGCCAGACGACGUCGAAGAAAGAUCCGGCCACCCGCAUGCACGAGGUCGCAAAGAACAUCGAGCCCCAACUCCUAACCGCCAUCACCGCGCGCGCAUCAGACUUUGCCUCGUUCGCCUUCGGCCUGCAAUUCCUCGGCGAAGUCCUCGUCGGCGCACCGGAAAUCGAGCCUGCGAAGCGCAAAGAAGCCCUCGCAGAGGUCGCGCGCCUCUCACAAUCGAUCCUCGACUCGUCAGGCGAGGCCGCCAGCCACGGCAAGAACAUGCUCAAGAUGCUCGUGCAGGGCGGGAAAUUCGAUCCCGCGGUGAAGAAGGUCGUGCCGGUCGAGCCGCCGCUCGGAUUUGCAGAGUUGCUGUGGAGCGAGAUCAAGGGCAGUGUGGUGCAAUGGGCGACGGGGCAGGGCUCGUUUGUCGUUGUGGCGCUGACCGAGGCCGAGGGCUUCGAAGGCAAGAAGGACGUGCUCAAGGCGCUGAAGAAGGAGAAGAAGGCUUUGGAGGCGGCGGCGGGGCCGGCAAGGGAGGCCGGGGAGAAGAAGAAGGGAAAGAAGGGUGAGGCGCAGGCUCCGAGGGGGAAUGCCGGCGCGCGGAUAUUAUUGGAAAAGUUAUAG